AUGACUGAAAAAAAAACUCGUUCCGUUCUUGACUUUUCAAAAAUCAAGAUCGAUAACCUUCAAUAUGUUCCACCGCCUAGAUCACAAGUUGGCCGAAGCACAUCAGAAUCACAAGUAUCAGAGGAAUUAUUAAGAGAACAAGCUGAAGUUAAUGAAUGCAAGGGACAAACCGAUGUGAUCAGGGUGGAUGGUCAUGAAUUAAAUGAUCAAUCCACACAUUCACGAGGUACACAUCAAGAGUUCAUCGAAGAAGGAUUACAAGCGUUUCAAAAAUUUACAGGCACUGGUGAUGCUGAACAAUGGUUAACAGGGUUGUUAGAAAAAUUCGAGUUAUUGAAAGUGGAAAUGGCAGAACGCAUCAAAUGGGUAGGAAAUGUAUUGACAGGUGAGGCCAUCAUUUGGUAUAUACAACACGAGGAACAGAUGCCGACCUUUUUGUCAUUUAUGAGACUAUUCUUACAACGUUUUCAGGCAAAUAAAGAUGAUGAUAAAAUUACGUUGCACAACCAUGUUUUACAACAGCAACAAGGCCAGAUGUUGAACGAUAAGCAAGACGGUAUUUUUGGUUCACUACGAAAUCAAUUAUUAUUAGGUCACAUCGAAAAAUUACCAAAAUUUACAGGAAGGUCAAAACAAAAUGUUUCAAAGUGGUUACGGGAGGUUAAUCAAACAAUGCACCUGUUGAAAUUGUCCGACACCGAGAAAUUAUUUUACAUUCCAUCUUGUUUGGAAUCGGAUGCUAAAGAUUGGUUUUUUGAUAAUCAUCAUGCAAUAUCGUCAUGGUCGUCAUUUGUACGCAAACUACUAGACACGUUUGAAUCUUCUAGUAAAGCGGAUAUCGCGUUUAAUCGUCUACGACAAUACCAACAAGGAUUAAAUCAAGAUGUGCGACAAUAUUACUUUGAAAUCAUGAAGUUGUGUAAGGAAGCAAAUCCAAAAAUGGACGAAGCCUCAAAGCUGCAAUAUUUAAAAGACGGAUUGAAAUCUUCUUUACGCUUUGAUAUUCGUUUAAAAAAUCCAACAACUACAGAAGCUUUUCUGGAAUAUGCACAGAAGAUUGAAGAAUUGAAGUCACUUGAUGAUGAAGAAGCUAGCGAAACACCGUCGCAGAAACCAACUGAAAGUUCCAUGCCAGCACGACAAUCAAAGCAACCAGCAGAUUAUUUGAACAGUACGCAAAAUAGCAACCACGGAGCAAAAGCCUCAAAUUAUCUGUCAAAGCAAAAGUACAACAACAAUCGUACACCGAAACCACCAUAUCGAUGUUAUAGAUGUGAUGGAACUGAUCAUUUUAUUAGUCAGUGUCCACAUUUCCAACAGUAG